UGGGUCUCAGUCCUGGACGCCCUCUUCCCUCCUGCAGACCUGAAACCGCAGAAGAUGCAGCGUGCAGACCGCCUGCCCCUCGUCCUGCUGGGACUGCUGGCCCUUUCCCACGGUGGCCGGGGUCAAGCUGACGGCCCCCAGGAGGGUCCGGGCGCUGAGGAGGUCUCCCCCAGCCUCAAGAUCGCCCCGAGCAACACAGCCUUCGCCUUCAACUUCUACCACCUUGUAGCUUCCCUCAACCCCGGGAGCAACAUCUUCUUCUCCCCCCUGAGCAUCUCGGCCGCCUACGCCAUGCUGGCCCUGGGGGCCCGCGAGGACACGUGGGCCCAGAUCCUGCAGGGCCUGGCCUUCAACCUCACAGACACGUCGGAGCCGGACGUCCACCAGGGCUUCCAGGACCUGCUGCACACGCUCCACCGCCCCCACGACCAGCUGGAGACGCGCAUGGGCAGCGCCCUCUUCCUGAGCCAGGGCCUGCCGCUCCGGCCGCGGUUCCAGAAUGACACGGCCGCCUUGUACGGGUCCAGCCUGUUCCCCGCCGACUUCCUGGACUCCGAGGGCGCCGCCCAGCUGAUCAACAACCACGUCAGGAAGGAGACCCGCGGGAAGAUUGACAACUUGGUCAGCGGGCUCAGCCCCCAGACGGUGAUGGUGCUGGUGAACUACAUUUACUUCAAAGGUCAAUGGAAGAACCCGUUCAGCCCCCACGUCACCAAACCCCAAGACUUCCACGUGGAUGAGAACACGGUGGUCAAGGUGCCCAUGAUGUUUCAGAACCAGGACAACCAGUGGUACCUGCACGACAAGCACGUGCCCUGCUCGGUGCUCCGGCUGGACUACAAGGGCGGCGCCCGGGCGCUCUUCAUCCUGCCCGACCCCGGGAAGAUGGCGCAGGUGGAGGAGGUCCUGACGCCCGAGAUGCUGGGCAGGUGGAGCAGUUUGCUGGAGAAGAGGUCCUAUUCCCGGAAGCUCUGGCUGUACCUCCCCAAGUUCUCCAUCUCGGGCUCCUAUAGCUUAGACCAGCUGCUGCCGCGGCUGGGCAUCCGGGACCUGUUCUCGCGGCAGGCCAACCUGUCCGGCAUCUCCGCACGGGAGAACCUGAUGGUGUCCAAGAGCGUCCACAAGGCGGUGCUGGACGUGGACGAGGCUGGCACCGAGGCUGCGGCGGCCACCAGCCUCUCCUUCACCUUCUUCUCCGCCACGCGCAGUCCCGGCAUCCUCAUGUUCAACCGGCCCUUCCUGGUGGCCAUCCUCUCCACCGACACCCAGAGCAUCCUCUUUCUGGGCAAGGUCGUCAACCCCACAAAGCCCUAGCCCGGAGCUGCCGCCGCGCAGGGCGUGGCCCGGGGUGCAGAGGU